AUGUUCAUUCUUACUACCAUCUCCGAUCUGAUCCAGAUUGCGCCCCAAGACUUCUCCAAGUUCAGUGCAGUGGCCAUUGAAGAUAAUAUUAACGAGAAAUAUGCCAACAAAGUCAUCCAAAAAAUCGGCCUGUGUAUCAGCUUUUAUGAUCUACUUGAGUCCUCAGAUGGCUUGAUUGGCCACGGAACAGGCCUUGUCAACGUUAAUGUCAAAUUUCGGAUGAUUGUCUUCCGCCCUUUCAAGGGCGAGAUCAUGCUGGGAAAGAUUGCCAGCGGUACCGAAUUGGGAAUCAAAAUUGGUGUUGAGUUUUUCAACGACAUCUUAAUCCCGCCUGAGCUGCUUCUUCCUGGGGCCAAAUUUGACUAUGCGGACCAAGUAUGGACCUGGGACAAUGACGACGGCACCACACUAUAUUUCGACGUGGGAGAAGUUGUCCGAUUCCGCAUUGAGACGGAAGAAUGGCACGAUCAGAUUCCCACUGGGCCAGACAGCGAUCAAACCGUCACAGAAAGAAAGGCCCCGUACUCGAUCAUCGGCUCAAUGCAAAUGGGAGGUCUGGGACCCGUGACUUGGUGGUAG